GCCUCGGAUGCCUUUUGUUCGAGGUUUCGAGUCGAGUUCGCGACUCGACGUUUAGUCAGUGACCAAGUGUGUGGUGAACCAAAUCCGUUUCUUCAUCCAUCCAAGAAUUUCCACAAUUUCAAAACUGCGCAGACAAAGUCCAAGAAAACUGGCAAUAGUACCUUGGAGUAUUGUGCCCUAUCUGUAUCCCAAACUGGCAACAGCUGCAACAAAGACUUAGCACAUUUUUUCGCCUGGGCCUUUGCACUCUAGAUGAACUUAGCCAUGCGACGGGUAUAAAAAACUCAUAAAAUCCAGCCAAAUUGCAAAAAGAAAAUAAAUAAUUGAGCAGAGCAGACGGAUCGGCCGAUCAUCCAUAUACUAUAGGCUUUCAAUCACUGUAGAAUCGGACACAUUCCGCACUGCCCAUUAUAUAUGGCGAGCUGCUGCGCAUUUGUGUUUGUCCUGAACCAGACUGACAUCAUCCGGGCCAGGGAGCAAAGCAGAGCUGCAAUACGGAGUUGACCAACUGGAGCCAGUGGACUCCAUUCCGAGGAACUACUACCCAGAGCCUUUUCAAGAGUAUGGUCAAAAUGGCCAACCACAAUCAGCUUAGGAUCACCAUUGGAUUUUGUGUGAUUUUGGCCAUUAUCCUGGACCAACAAUUCACUGCAGAGGCUCGUGUCCGAGAUGCGUGCCAGGUGGUGCCGAGUACGAAUGGACUGUGUGGUCCUACUACCGUGGGAAUAUAUUUCGAUCCGGAGACACAGCGGUGCCAGUACAGGGGAUGCAGCAAUCGAAAGCUCUUCGGAACCCUGGAAGACUGCGAAAAGAUUUGCAACAAUGCGCGGCACGUGAAGCGGCGCAACCAAGCGAAGGCCAACGAAACCUCACAUUGAAUACACCGAAAAGAAAAAUCCAUAGUUGCUAUUUUAAACGUGGCUUAUUUAGUGGAAUGUAAUUAAAAUACUUUCAUGUUCGAUGGUGAAAUUUGUUCAACCUGAGAACAUAGGAAGGUAUUCAUUAAGUUUCUGCAAGCUUAUUGUGAUCCAUUUUGUAUAUGAUCUUUAGAAUGGAUUUUAUGCUCGAGUUAAAAAGUAGUUUGUAAUAUAUAUUUGUUAGUUUGACAACAUGUAAUUACAAAAACUGAAAGACCAGUAACAGGAAAGGAAGCAAUAACUGAAGCUGACUUCCCUUUACCUUAAGAUUGAAUGAAUAUCGAAGAUGUUGCCCCAAUAAUACAAAUGGAAUAUUUAGAAACAUAA